AUGGCAUUGGGCAGUAUGUUCAACUGGGGAGGCAAUUUCAUCGUUAGGUCUUUCUUUACCCCAUACUGA